AUGUCGGACGAGACAACGCAGAUCUUACUCCGGCCAAAAUUCUCUACCGUACCGGAUAGCCCAACCAUAUCUCAACAAGACAUUUCGUCCCUUGGCAAUACCGAGAGAGCGUCAAUAGAUCAGCGCCAGCCGGUUUGUAGACUAGAAAACGGCGUGGACAGUAAUCCUGAGCUACUAGAGGGGUUGCUGAUUAGAGAAACGGUGGACCCUCCCGGCAUGAAUCAGCAUGACUCUCAGUAUCAGCAAAACGUCGUUAUCACUUGGAUUCUAGAGAUUCUUACCCUUGUAUUUGCAGCCGGACUUCUCAUUGCUAUUUGCAUCCUAUUCACAAUUUAUAGCGAUCAGACACAGCCAGACUGGGGCAAUAGUGGAAUUACCCUCAACGCUCUUAUCGCUACUCUGGCCAUGAUCUUUCGCGCCAGCCUGGCCUACGUCAGCUUUGAGGUUGUCUCCCAGAUCAAGUGGGAAUGGAUUACAUCUGAAUUUCGCCCUCUAGGAGAGUUUGAGCGUUUGGAUGCUGCCUCGCGAGGUAUCUACGCCUCCUUGCAACUUCUGCCACUUGCCAUUCUUCACCAGCCCAGGGCUCUUGUGGCUAUUCUUGUGACCGUCAGUUCUCUAGGCAUUGGUCCAUUUAUGCAGCAAACGAUUCAGACGUAUCAGUGUCUGAGGACAACGGGACCGGAUGUCCAGGCCCCAACAAUUACCACAGCGAAUGCUAUCGAGUUUUCUGAACUGGGAAUGGUCUUGCGAUCUGCCCAGCGUGUGCUAAGCACAGAAAUACGGACCGCGAUGCAAGACGCAAUUCUGAACCUGGAUGAGGGACCAAUGCGCAUUGUGCUGGGGAGAUCAUCAGUGUCUGCGUUUGGGUAUAUGCAGAUGCGAGGAGUGGGGAACCUCACAUGGACUCGAGAGGUUGCUUCCCCUGAGUUCAUAAACAGAGCUUGCUGGUCGGUCUACAACUUCACCGUCCUUGCUGCGUCGCGGAAUCACUGCAAUGUAUUGCCUGACGGUAAUGUGACCUGUCCACAGCCUUGCCCGAUCGACGAUGGAUCUUGCCCCGUCGCGUUCUACGAGCCAUCCGACUACGUUGCCGCCGUUUGUACCGUAUACCCAUGCCUCAAGCAUUAUUCAGCUACUGUCGAUGCAGGGAAACUGGUAGAACGCAUAGUUCACGACAUUCCCCUGCGGCUGCAGUCACCGGAGCCGCUCUGGUCAGCGAAUCUUAGACAACAUUUAUGGAGUGAUUUCAAAGCCGUGCAGCAGCCCUGUUGGGUAAAUGGAACGUUGUAUACAGCAUCGAAUAUGUCGUCUUCAAAAUCCCUCGGAGAAAAUGUCACGGAGAUAGUGCAAUUCCAUGUUGACGAUUGGAUGAAUGAGAGUAUCGAAGGUCCAGCUCAUUACACCGACAUUACGGCCCCACGCGAGUGUGUGGGCACAAUGAGUGGCUACGCUAUGUCGCUGUUUUACGAUAACCCAUUCAAUAACGUGACUUGUUCAUACGAUACGCGGAUGGAAAGUCUCCAAUGUCGGGGCAAUUUGGACCAAAAUAUAGAUCAGUCCAGUCUGGUGGCACUCAUGAGAGGACCCAACACAUCUAUGGAGACUCUGCAAGAGAAUAUCGACUCACUCACCACGCGGCUUACAACUGAGAUACGGAAAAGAGGUAAGGGAGCUUACAGUUCGCAAAAAGCAUUUGUAAAUGGCGAUGAAUGGGAGACAAGAGUCUGCGUCCGUAUUCUAUGGCAGUGGAUUACUCUUCCCGCAAUAACGUUUGCGUUGUGUACGUUAUUGUUGCUAUGGACGAUUAUCAAGGACGCUGUGUCAAGAAACGGAACCAUUUGGAAAAGUUCACCCAUUCCAUUGAUUCUCAGGGACUAUCCAGGCUUAGAAAGAAUGGGGUUAAACAGGAUGGGCCAAAUUGUAAAGGGGCUUGAGAUAAAGCCGGAGAAGCAAAAGGAGGUUUAA